AUGGUAACAAUUUACAAGACUUUCGUUGAAACGGUUACGAUAGAUGCAACUUCGGAAACUUCUACUACAUACAUACCUCUGGGUACCAACGUAAAGAACGCUGUAUCCGAGAUUACCAAAAAUUCCCAAAAAAUAAGUGCUUUAACAAGUUCCAGCUCAAGUUCAACAAUUGCAACUUCUUUGACUGCGAGCGAUAUUUCGCAUCACUCAACCAAAAGUCCGUCCCAGAGCUCUCGCAGCAAAUCUUCAUCAGUAUCAAGUAUAACUACAAGUACAUACACAAAUAAUAUUCCAAAAGAUUCUUUUGAAAAUACUCUAAAUGAAGUGUGGGAUAGGUUUUGGCUGUUCGAAAAAAGUCAAUGGAACGAUGAUGACUCAAUUUGUGGCACUAGCCAAUUUUCUGAGCCAGUUGUUUGGGAUCAAGCCGUCAUAGGAAGGGCCAUAACUGAUUCAAAGAAUACAGAAAAGAUUGAAAAAGUAACUGAGGCAAUCUACAGAUAUAAGAACACGGCUCUAGGUGUUUAUUCUGCUACAACUGCGGGAGACGAUGAUAUUUAUAAUGACGACAAUGCACAAUUAGUCUGGGUAUUUGUUGAUGGAUUCAAAGCUACUGGAAACGAAAAGCAUUUAGACGCAGCAAAAGAGGUAAUGCUGUUCUUAAUGACUCAGUGGAAUAGUCAAGGAAAAGGAGGUGUCAUAUGGAAAUACAAUGCAGAUUAUAUUGCUUCUAUAUCUACGGUGGAAGCCGCAUUGGCUGCAUUACGAUUGUAUAGCGUAACAUCAGAUGGUGCUUUGUUAACGUUCGCUGAAGAUUGUAUGGACUUUAUGUUUGAAUACUUUCAGGAUACUGAUAAGCUAUUUUUCGAUGGCUUAAAUAAGAAUAACUAUAAUGAUGUCAAUAAAGGAAAAUUAUCAUAUACAGCCGGCUGUGCGUUAAGCUCAUUGGCAUAUUUAAGUAAGUAUAGUUCUAAAAGGGAUUGGAAAUCCAAAGCAAUUGCUAUAGGUAAGGCGGCAAUGAAUCAAAAAGGUGCAUUGUAUAAUGGAAAUUCAAUUUGGAAUAAUCAAUUAAAGUAUAUUCACUUACUCUACGCCGGAUAUGUGGAUUUGUUAACAUUAACUGAUUGGGACCUUGAGUUUUCUAAAUUCAAGCAAGAAUUAGUAAGACAAUGUUCGCUCAUGAUUGAGUUUUUGCAAGAUCCUGACGAUAAAUCAUUAUAUUUUGGUCUGUCAACUGAAGCUACAGAAAAAAUGUUUCAGAAAUAUGAAGUGGCAUUUAAGGAGGACAAUACUUUUAAACAGAACAAAGACAUAUACUGCGAUGGAGAUGUAAAUAAGCAUACGAAAAAGUCGUUGAUGAAUAAUGGAUCUGUUGCACAAAUCUUAUAUGAAGUGAGUCGUAUACUUUGA